AUGGCACCCCCGGAUGCAAACCUUCACCCAGUUGCUACUGGUAGAGCGGCAGAGACAGUUUCUCAGCAUCAAAACCCUCAAGACUUGACCUUUUACUCGGCAUGGUUCUGUCCGUUCAGCCAACGCCUACGGGAAUUCCCUACCAUCGAGUAUGGGGGUAAAGCCAUCUACGAAUCACUCGUCUUACUCGAAUUUCUUGAAGACGCUUACCCAUCUUACAAACCAAACCUUCCUCCCUCCGACCCCUCUGACCGUGCACACCAGCGCAUAUGGAUAGAUCAUAUUGCCAAGGCAGUCGUUCCUGCUCAAACGAACAGGAGAAGUUGGAAACAGCGCGAAAUGAGCUUUAUGAGGCACUCAGAAAGCUGCAGAACGAGAUCAAGGGACCUUACUUUGCCGGAGAGCGAUUCACUCGUGGACAUCGUUAUUGCGCCAUGGAUCUUGCGGGACUACGUUUCGGCCGAGCAUAGGGCCUUUAAAAGGGAAGAUAACUAUGAGUAUAAGUCGCCAUGGAUUGAAGAGUUCAUGCACGGAAUUCACGGCGUUGUGCAGGAACGGGACAAGGCUAAAGUGAUAUAUAACCGGUAUCUCCGUGGAGAUGCACAUAGCGAAGCCGUUAAAGCCGUCAAAGCUGGUCGUCCUAUUCCUUAAAGAUGUUGGGGCGGUGUGUGGGUUAUAAGCCCCAACAGACGUGUAAGAGCAGUCUGUCGAGUAUGUAUAACGUCGUGUUUGAACUGUUGGUUGGAGG